AUGGGAGCUGUGAUGAGUUGGUUUGAUGGGCUCUUCGCCAAGAAGGACGCAACCAUCUUAAUGGUGGGACUUGAUGCAGCAGGUAAGACAACUAUUCUUUGGAAACUUAAACUCAACGAGGUCCAACAGACAGUUCCGACCCUUGGGUUUAAUGUUCAAACGGUGGAGUACAAAAAUGUAAAAUUUCAUUUGUGGGAUGUCGGAGGGCAAAAGUUGCUACGCUCUCUUUGGAAGCACUACUAUGAGGGUGCAAACGCCAUCAUUUUUGUUAUUGACAGCAACGACAGGGAUCGGGUGCGUGAGGCGAAGCAGGAGCUGGAAAAGCUACUACUCGAACCGUUGCUAGCAAAGGCGACUGUACUUGUUCUGUGUAACAAACAGGACCUUCCACACCGCCUAACGCCUGCAGAGUUGGUGGAACAACUCGGCUUCCGCGACACUAGCGAAAAAGGACUUGCCACCGCAUUGCAGGGACGCCAGUGGUAUGUCCAGGGUUGCUGUGCGCAUACAGGUGAUGGACUCUUUGAGGGUUUGGACUGGUUGUGUAGUCACCUUCCCGACGCCGAGUAA